AUGAUCUGCAAGCCUCACUAUACCAGCGAUUUUUUCUUUUUAAAGUGCCUUUUUUACUGGUUCAAAAUUUUCGGUACUUCACCGAUGGGUAUCGAUUUCACGUCAGCCGUGAAAAGCAACGACGUACCUCAGGAUGUUCACUUCGUGUUCUCGAAACUAGGAAUACUUCACAACGCUAUCCUUGUGUGUUUGGCUAUAAUCCCGUCGUGCGUUACGAUCAAGGAGGCAUAUCACACGGAAUACACCGACAGGUUGCAGUUGGAGCGAGUGAUCGAUACAGUGCACGCAGUUGCGACGAUAAUGACAUUUUACUUCAUCCUGAUCAAUGUGUGCAUCAACCAGAAAAGAGCCGUAGCGAUAGCCAACCAGCUUAACUCUAUCUACAGCCAAAGUACAAGUCUAUUCUCGAAAUCGAAAAUUCGACCCAAUCGAGCUUUUCGGUCGGUGAAGAAAAUCGUUUCGAUACAUAUGGUUCUGAUGCUUCUCUUGUGUCUCUUCGCCUUUACAUUCGUUCAUCAAAACCUGAUCUAUCAUCUUUUCAUCAACUUCACCAACGUCACUAUCUACGUUAUGGCGUUGCAGUACAGUCUCGUUCUCAAACUUCUUCAGCAUCUCUACAGAUCUCUCAAUGCCGAUUUACGAUCGUUUCUGAUCACGCGCGAUCGGCGCGAUCCAUCCAGUAUCUCACUUCCGAUCGAUGAACUUCAAUGCCGGCUGAUGCAGGUGUACGAAAUCCACGCGUCGGUGAGCCGCGUUUCUCAAGACGUCUGCGAUUUUUACUCUCUGCCGUUAUUUUUUCUCUUUGCGAUCGCUUUUUUCACACUUGUACUAUUCUUCUACUACUUUAUGUUGGUACUACUAUUGAUGAACAAAAUGAUAGAUUAUGGAUUUGUACUGCCGUUUUUUCUGACGUUGCUGGGCCUUACCAUCUUGGCGAUAUCGACGCUGGCCCGAAUUGCUGGAGGCACUGUGAAGGAGAGCAAUAUCACGCGAGAGAUUGUCAGUGAGUCGAUUAUGAAUCAACGCAAUCAGCCAAUUUCAGGACAAUUAAGAGAUUUUUUACAUUACUUGCAGCAGAAGAACGCUAAAUUCACUGUGUUCGAUCUCUUCCCGAUAAAUGAGUCGCUGCUGAUGUCGAUCGCUAGCUCAAUAUCCACGUAUCUCGUGAUACUUUUACAGUUCAAGGAAAGCAAUUCGACGCAGCAAACCGCCCCUUCGUCAGCUACAUAA